AUGGGGCGCGGGGCUCCCCUCGCACCGUGCCUGCUGCGGGCGGCGCUGCUGCUCGCCCUCUGCCCCGCCGCCGGCAGCACCUGGAUGUGGCUGGGCAUCGCUGCGGCCGGCGGGCCCGAGAAGCCGGGCUGCGCCAGCCCUCCGCUGAGCCGCCGGCAGCAGGACCUGUGCGAGCAGAAGCCGGAGCUGAUGCCCGCGAUCCGGGAGGGAGCGCGGCUGGGGCUCCAGGAGUGCCGCAGCCAGUUCCGACACGAGCGCUGGGACUGCCGCUCGCCGCCCGCCGCCCGCCGCGGCACCGCCGGCCCCGCCGCCCUGGGGCAGCAGCUCAGCAGCGGCACGAAGGAGACCGCGUUCAUCUCGGCGGUGACGGCGGCUGGGCUUGUGCACUCGGUGACACGGUCGUGCAGCGCGGGGAACAUGACCGAGUGCUCCUGCGAUGUCACCCUGCGGCACGGCGGCUCGGCCAGCGAGGGCUGGCACUGGGGCGGCUGCUCUGACGAUAUCCACUAUGGGAUGUCCUUCAGCAGAAAGUUCCUGGACGUGCCUUUCAAGAACGUAACAGGCAAGAGCGGGAGUGGGCUGGUGGCGAUGAACCUGCACAACAACGAGGCUGGGAGGCAGGCUGUAGCAAAGCUGAUGUCUGUGGAUUGCCGUUGUCAUGGUGUUUCUGGGUCCUGUGCUGUGAAAACUUGUUGGAAAACCAUGUCAUCCUUUGAAAAGAUUGGCCGGUUUUUAAAGGACAAGUAUGAAAACAGCAUACAAAUAUCAGACAGACUGAAAAAAAAGCUACGCAGGAAAGAGAAAAGCCAGAGAAAAAUACCAAUUGGGAAGGAGGACCUGCUGUAUGUGAACAAAUCACCCAAUUACUGUGUCGAAGACCAAAAACUGGGGAUCCCUGGCACUCAGGGAAGAGAAUGUAACCGCACGUCGCAGGGCCCCGAGGGCUGUAACCUGCUGUGCUGUGGGCGUGGGUACAACACCCACGUUGUCAGGCACGUGGAAAGGUGCGAGUGCAAGUUCGUCUGGUGCUGCUACGUGCGCUGCAGGAGGUGCGAGACCAUGACUGAUGUACACACCUGCAAGUGA